UCCGUAGAGGAAGUCGCGCGGACCUAAAUCUGGGGUUUUGGUUCCCCCCGCCCCUUCCCCGGGGUCCGGGGGUGACAUUGCACCGCGCCCCUCACGGGGUCGCGUCGCCACCCCACGCGCACUCCCUAGCUGGCGUGCUCCUCCCAUUCGUCUUUCUUGGCCAGGCCUCCAGCCCGCCCCCAGCUGCCCAGCCAUGGGAGCCGCAGUGUUUUUCGGAUGCACUUUCGUCGCUUUCGGCCCGGCCUUUGCGCUUUUCUUGAUCACUGUGGCUGGAGACCCGCUUCGCGUCAUCAUCUUGGUUGCCGGGGCAUUUUUCUGGCUGGUCUCCCUGCUCUUGGCUUCUGUGGUCUGGUUCAUCUUGGUCCAUGUGACCGACCGAUCAGAUGCCCGGCUCCAGUAUGGCCUCCUGAUUUUUGGUGCUGCAGUCUCUGUCCUUCUACAGGAGGUGUUCCGCUUUGCCUACUACAAGCUGCUUAAGAAGGCAGAUGAGGGGUUAGCAUCGCUGAGUGAGGACGGAAGAUCACCCAUCUCCAUUCGCCAGAUGGCCUAUGUUUCUGGUCUUUCCUUCGGUAUCAUCAGUGGUGUCUUCUCUGUUAUCAAUAUUUUGGCCGAUGCACUUGGGCCAGGUGUGGUUGGGAUCCAUGGAGACUCACCCUAUUACUUCCUGACUUCAGACAUUCCUGAACCCCUGGUACGAGGCCAGCCUGCUGCCCAUCUACGCAGUCACUGUUUCCAUGGGGCUCUGGGCUUUCAUCACAGCUGGAGGGUCCCUCCGAAGUAUCCAGCGCAGCCUCUCGUGCCGACGGCAGGAGGACAGUCGGGUGAUGGUGUAUUCUGCCCUGCGCAUCCCACCCGAGGACUGAGGGACCCUGGGGGGGACCCCUGGGCCUGGGGUGCCCUCCUGAUCUCCUCGCCCUGUAUUUCUCCAUCUCCAGUUCUGGACAGUGCAGGUUGCCAAGAAAAGGGACCUAGCUUAGCCAUUGCCGUGGAGAUGAAAUUAAUGGAGGCUCAAGGGUAGACGAGCUCUGAGUUUCCCAGUACCCUCUCCCCAGAUUGGACCUCUUGGUCUUUUACUCAGGUCUGAGGGAAGCCAUUUUUGGUGUGAUAGAGACCCCAAACUGCCUUUUUCUUUGGGGGGGGG